UCCAAGCUGUGCUUGACGUUAGCUUAGCAUAGGAUAACAUUUGGGAGCUCAUAAUGGAUGCACUGGCGAUAUUCGGUUUAAAGUAUAUGCGUUAACAUUACGAAAAGUUCAGUUUAUCUAACUUUAAUGCUACCUCAGAAAGACAGAAUACUUUUAUAUCUUUUAGCAGAGUUUUUAAGCAUGGCUAGCUGACACAAAGGGUAGUCCGGUAGCUUAAGUGCUUUAAAUAAGUCUAGAUAUGCUAACUGUAAAUUUAAAAAAAAAAAAAAAAAAAAAUCAGGUUGCCUAGCAAUUAACUGGAAUGUUCUAUGAUUAAAAUAUUGCCCGCGUGCGCCAAUAAGACUUGUUUGCUAGCUCGCUUAGCCAAAUAGUUAAUUAAUGAAUUGUUUGUGUGCAGUAUGUUUUUUAACACAAUAUUUAUUCUGAUGCGUUACAUUUUAAUGAGGUUAAACUGAUGUUGUCCACAUUUGAAAGACAUGCCAUAAUAAAUAAAUAAAUAAAUAAAUAAAGGGAGGGGGGUGAAAACACUGCAAUCCCCUAACGCUAGUCGGCUAAGCUAAGCUAAACUAAAACUAAGCAUCCAUAAGGAAGAAGAAGUGGGGCCAGUCGGCGGAGCUUCAGCCGCUUGGUGAAGCUGAUCAGCGAGACGCUAGUGUUAGUCCUGCUCCGAGAAGCUGGAUGAAAAUGGCUAAAAUUCACAUUCAAGGAAACGGAUUGGAGGCUAAAGAUGGGAAAAGUCUGCGGGGCACGACAGAGAGUUUGGACGGACAGGAAGGCGACUCUCCGGGCUCCGAGUUGGAGCCGAACGGCUUCCCCGAGACACAAGCGGAUAAAUACGGCUUCAUCGGCGGAUCUCAGCAGAGCACCGAGGACCUAGCCGAGGACAUCCCUCCUGAGGUGUUGAGACAGAGAGAGGCUAAGUGGCUGGAGAUGCUGAACAGCUGGGAUAAGUGGAUGAGCAAGAAACACAAGAAGGUAAAGGUGCGGUGUCAGAAGGGCAUUCCACCAUCUUUGAGAGGUCGUGCCUGGCUCUAUCUGUCGGGAGGAAAGGUGAAACGGGAGCAGAAUGUAGGCAGGUUCCAGGAAUUGGACAGUGAAUAUGGAGAGCCAAAAUGGGUGGAUGUAAUCGAGAAGGAUCUCCAUCGUCAGUUUCCCUUUCACGAGAUGUUCGCUGCACGAGGAGGCCACGGGCAACAGGAUCUGUUCCGAGUGUUGAAGGCUUACACACUUUACCGGCCGGAGGAAGGUUACUGCCAGGCUCAAGCUCCCAUCGCUGCUGUACUGCUCAUGCAUAUGCCCGCUGAGGAUGCAUUUUGGAGUCUGGUGCAGAUCUGCGAGAAAUAUCUGCCUGGUUACUACAGUGCAGGCCUGGAGGCGAUCCAGCUGGACGGUGAGAUCCUGUUCUCUUUACUGAAGCGCGUCUCUCCCGUGGCUCAUCGGCACCUGAAGAAGCACAAGAUCGAUCCGGUGCUCUACAUGACCGAGUGGUUCAUGUGCGCGUUCUCCCGCACGCUGCCGUGGGCGUCAGUGCUGCGCAUCUGGGACAUGUUCUUCUGCGAGGGAGUCAAAGUCAUUUUCCGUGUGGGCCUGGUGCUUCUCAAGUGCAUGCUGGGAUCUCAAGAGAAGCUAAAGGCGUGUCAGGGUCAGUACGAAACGAUGGAGAGACUUCGAGCCGUAGAGCCAUGCUACAUGCAGGAGGGCUUCCUCGUUAAAGAGAUUCUGGAAUUGCCGGUGUCUGAGCGGGACGUCGAGAAGGAGCAUCUCGCCCAACUCCGACGCUGGAAGGAAACACGCGGAGAGCUGCACUGCAAAUCUCCUCCCAGAAUGCACGGCGCUCGUGCCAUCAUGGCCGCUGAGCCUCCCAGCCGACAGGACCUGCAGCAGAAACCCACCAUCGUCGUGCAGCCGGCACAGAUCAUCACCAGCUCCGAAGACGACGAGAGAAAGAAGGAGGAGAAAAAGAAAAGCAAGGUGGAUAAAAAGAAGAGCAAGAAAGACUCUUCGCUCGACACAGCCAAUCGGGAUCAGGCACUGCAGGACCAUCAGGCUUUACCCAGCCAAUCACAGGCACUCCAGGACCAUCAGGCUUUACCCAGCCAAUCACAGGCACUCCUAAAGGACACAAGUCUUCAGGCAUCCAAUCAGAGCCUGAGCAGUUCAGAGCAUGACACGUACCUGUAGAGUGCCACACGGUGGUCGUCCUGACCUGUGUCUGAAGACUUCAGGCCCAAACGGCCCACUCUCAGGUUUCUGUAUCAGGACUGCAGUUCCCAGAAUGCAAUGCUGUGGUUUAGUUUUCCUUUACAUCACAUCCAUGUGCUUCAUGAAGAAAUUUGUAUGUAUUGUAAGUUGUUUUUUAAAAGGUUUUUUUUUUAUUUUUUUUUAAAUUGUUAAGGACCAAGAAUGCAUGAAAGCCACGUUACUUUCCAGACCGAGUUUUCCAGAUUAUAAGGAAGUGGAAUAGUGUUUUUAUUUAGCAGUUGUGAGAUUUCAGCAGUGGGGAAUGUACACUGCCAUUCGUUUACUGCUUAGAUAAUAAUGAAAAUGCAAAACAUUAUGCUAGCUACAGACAGCACUGACAUAGCGACUGUAAUCAGACACACAAAAGCCACUUAAUAACGCUCAAAUACAGCAACACUAAUGAAAAACUAACUCAACUACACCAGCAUUUUAGAGGCAAACAUUCUGGACAAAGGGGCAGUUUGUAAUUUUAGAAAGUGUUUCUAGACCUAAAAUAAUAUCAUUUUAAAUAGGGCUUAGAGCAACUGUAACACACACACAUACAAAAUAUUAUUAUUUUUUAAAUUUUGUAAGCAGACAAAAAGGACUUAUAGUCUGGAAAAUGUGGUGCAUUUAGACACACACCGACUCGGAAACAUCACUAUGUGAUGGCAACCUAAAAGGGCUGAAAUUUUCAUCAUCAGGUGCAUUUUAGCAGCUCAGUUUUGUCGUCUGAUGAGCAAAAUGAUGCUAAUGUACCAGCAUGGCCAAUGGAAAUUGGGAAGUGCUUGAGCCUUGAUAAGAAGCAAACACAAGUGCUUAAAUUCGCUGUAUCUGCAUUAGAGUUGCGUCGGUUUUUAUACUGUAAGAUUUACAGCGCCAUUAUCACAGACUGUUUAAAAAUCAUUCCAUCUGGGAGGAGCCUUGGGAAGUUGUUUUUCUUAUUUUGUCCCUCCCAUAACACAGCGGACCAAACUCCUGGCUUCGACUGAGGGAUCGCGUAAGGAAUAAAUCACUACGAGACAUGCUGUUUUUGGAAAAUAAUCGACCUUGAGGUUAUAACGCAUCAUUGUUUAUUAUUUUCCCUAUAGCACCAUGUCCUGGAGUGAUCGAUUCCUCUUAGACCACGGAAGUUUGCCACCAUUAACAACAUUUUUAUGAAACAACGACAUGUCGUACUUUUUAUCCAUUAUGGUUGUUUUUAAUGUUGCAGAGAUGAGGAAACAUAAACUAAGGCACAUGAUAAUAAUCUGCGUGGGAUUUUUGGUUAAACCCGCAUGAAAGCCUUCGGGCAUGCAGUUCAUGGGUUUGAGCACUAGGGGGUGCAACAUGUCUUACUUUGUCGUGACCUCCGACUUGAAGUAGGGCCUCGGAUACACACAGUAUACGGUUUGACCUUAUUCAAAACUCAUAGAGGCUAAUGUUUUCUGUGACAGGACCCAACAUGGCUGAUCUGUCAUUUACAGUCAGUCUGAUUUACAAUAGAAUUAUGCUAAUUACAGAUUAUGAAUUGGAUUAGUAUCGGGUCUGUCGUAUAAAAAAAGAGAACAAAGAGAUUUAGUCACGCAAAGACUGGUUGUGAAUGAGACAAGUGAGGGGCUGUAGUCAUUGAGGAAGUUUAUAGAUGUGCCAAACUUAUAAGUAGGCCAGUCAGAUGUAACUUUUGAUUUUUAGAUAACGGAGAUAUUUCACUUGGGGGAUAUUUACACCAAGAAGCAUUUAUUUUCUUUCAAAUGCAUUUCUUAUCCUCACAAAACACACGCGCUUCCAUUUUAACCAACACCCCGUCAGUCCACAGCAUGAGUCUGCUCCACAAGUGUAAAAGCGUGAUUCAUUUAAAUCACACACACUCACACAGGUCUACUCGACAAUAAUGCGGUGACUGUUCUGCCCUUAAUUUGCAGUACAAGGUGUUUGAUACGAUAAUGACACUCGGUAGAUAUGGAUAUAAACACAAAUAUCCUGUCUAUUCAUACCCCAGGGUCUCGGUUCACGCCGUCAUGACGCUUUUCUGACGCAUCCGACCCGAGUUCUGAAUAGGCGUGUGCCGAUAUUCAUUUUCAUAUCCCCAUAAAUUUGUUUAUCUAAACAAAACGCAAAGGGUAACAAUGAUUUUCCAGAAAGGAAAAAAACUAAACAAUAUUACACAUGCUAAAUAUCUAAGGAAUAAAACACUUCAGGAUGUGCUGUUUUAGGGAAAUUACUCAACCUGAAGUUGAUCACACCACCCUGAGUGUUUUUCCUGUAACCACAUGAAGUGUUUUAUUCCUCUUAUACCACACACGGAUUUGCCAACAACUACAUUUUAAUUUAUUAAAGAACACCACACAGUAAUAAUAAAAAAUAAUAAUAAUUCAAUUUACAGUUGUGUUUAAUGGCGUUUAAACGCCCCCCCCCCCCCCCCCUCCCUUAAAUUAAGAUUUGUUUAAAAAGACAAAAACAAAGACGGCUUGUUAUUGAGAAUCUCAAAGUCCUCUUCAAGUUACAGCUUCACCUCUGAACGUUACAAAGUCUUUCCGAUAAUUCUGAAUAAACAUCACCAUGUCAACAAUUCCACACGUUUACACAUGUGAAGCGAGUCCCUCUAAAUCAGUCGUAACUACGGAAACGAUAAUGCAUUCAUACCAAGUUGUGCAUUUAUGCAAACCUUAUAGCUAUCGUUUCUAUCAGAACUGCUGCUCUAGGGAAAAGAAAAAAAAACCAUACUAAUCAACCCCUUCUGACCAAUCAGGUUUAAGAGUUCAAGCGCUGUCGUAUAGUUCAUAUAACUGAUUAUCGGCACAUGCCUAGUCCUAAGAUUCAGAUUGUACGAACAACGGAAAUGCGUUUAGCCAAAAUGCAUCAUGAUUAUAAAUAUUCGCCUCGGAGAGAAUUCUCACGUGAACACGUCACCUCCUUCCCCUAAAGCACUUCCUGUUUAAAGCUUUCCUUAUUAGUUAUCAGAUGCGAGAAUAGCGUUAUUAUGGAGAAAUUACAGUCAGUUUAAAUGUAAAGAUGUUACUAGGCUUUGUUUUAAUGGGAAACGUCAUUCUGGGCGCUUGGGAAGAGUGCGCACUUGGGAAAUCUUUCUUUUAAGUGAAAGUGGAUUGAGACACUCCUGGGAGACUUUCACAAAACUCUGAUAAUCCGUGAACAUGCUGAUAAUGAGUAGAAAGUGUGUGCGCGUGUGUGUGUGUGUGUGUAUAUAUAUAUAUAUAUCUGUAUGUUUAAAAAAAAAUGUUUAUGUAUGGUGUCAUGUAAUGAUAUUCUCUGUAGAUCUGUGUGUGUAGUGUUGGAGAGAGGUGUUUUGCACUUUGAUCUCAGUUUUUGCAUUUCUCUGACCAUUUAUGGACAAACAGAACAUAUUUUCUUGAUGAAUCUAUUUUGCUUAUUGUAUAUACAGGAACAUGACCAUAUUUGGACAUUUAUAGAUUUAUACAUUGGGAAGAGAAAUGCAGCUUGUCUGUCUUCAUAUGGAUCUAUAUUUAGAUUGAGUUUGAAUUUCUGAUUAAUGAAGAGAUGUUUAUAAUGCUA